AUGUCUUUCCAUAGGCGUCUUCCGGCGCAGUCGCCAACGCCGGCGUCUCCCCUGAUCACCUGGCUAACCGGAUACGUCGAACAGAAAGCUACGCCGCCUCCCUUGACUUUGGUCGACCGUCUUCCGUCACCUUCGCUACCCGCUUCGCCCUCGCUGGAGCUAGAACCUAGGAUCACUGCCCCACCGGAUUCCCCACUGAAGGACGGCCACAGUCUCCAUGCACAUGCUUCGCAAGACCAAACCCUGGUUCAGAGCCUACCGGAGCUGCUGGAAGCGAUCCGCAGCAACGCUCAGACGCAGUCCGAGAUAUCGGGGAACCAGGAGGCCCUCAUGGAUAUGGUUCGGGAUAUCUUUGACCGCGUGGAAGCGUUGGCUACGGUAUCGGCCGCUUCACCGGUGGCGAGGGAACGUCAGUUCUCCACACUAGAGGACAUUAGCGACGACGACUUCGAUUUGAAUUUCAUACCAGAGCUAGAGCAAAAACGGAGGAACCUUCGUGUAGCCCUCACUUCUGCGGAAGAUUCCCUACUGCUGCGUCUCGUAAAGGAGUAUGGCGAGGAGUGGGUUAAGGUCACUAAAGAAUUCCAGAUCCAAGAGCCGGUAAAUCUCGCGCCCCCGUCACGUUGA